UAUAAUAAGUGCUAAACAAUUAUUAUAAGUAUAUAUUAUAAUGAUCGAGCCGGUUUUGUCACCGGAUUAUCCAUUGUGGGCAUUACAGCCCAAACGCGAGACAACUGUCACAUCAUUUCUUAAGAAAUACCCCGAAUAUGACGGCAGAGGUGUUAGGAUUGCUAUAUUUGACAGUGGAGUAGAUCCCGGAGCACCGGGUCUUCAGAUUACAAGUGAUGGUAAACCAAAGGUUAUUGAUAUGGCAGACACUUCCGGCGCCGGCGAUGUGGACACCAGUACUGUUGUGGAGGUCGAUGACGAGGGUUUUAUCACUGGACUCACCGGUACUAAACUUAAGAUAUCCGGUGACUGGACAAACCCUACGGGCAAAUACCACGUGGGUAUGAAAAAUCUAUACGAGUUGUACCCGAAGUCAUUGCUCGAACGGAUGGCCGCCGAGUAUGAGUCGAGUGAAUGGACGCCCGGACACAGACGGGCGACGGCCGACGCUCUCAGAGAGUUACAGGCGUUUGAGUCGAAACACACGGAAGCCAUGAAUGAUAGCUUAGACCAGAAGCUAAUGCGCAAAGAGUUGCGGUCGAGAGUUGACUUUCUAAAGGAUGUCGACACUAAUCGCCAAGACUUUGGCCCCACUUAUGAUUGCGUUGUCUUUCAUAACGGAACCGAUUGG